AUGCCGACAAAAGCCGGGGACACCACCCCCACUGCAGCUGCUGAUGACGGUGCGUGGGACGAGCAGAUGACGGCGAAGCAGAAUGGGGAGGGAGCACCUCCAGGCCCAGAAGAAGGGCCAGGCCGCAGCAGCGGACACGCCAGAUCAAACAGGGCCAAAGCAAAGGAAAAUCACCGCACCGCCGGCAUUAUCGAGGACAAGAAGGCCAACGCCAUCCUGCAGCGCAUGCAAGCCCUCCGACAGCGGCAGGGCGUGGCUCCCGACGUCGGAUCCAGCGAGACGGACAACCACGGCAGUGACAGCGGCAGUGAUGCGAGGCCUUCUGGCAGCGACAAGCAAGCCGCAGUGGACCUGCAGUGGGAGUGGCAGCAUAUUGCCGCUGUGGUGUGUGUCAGCUGCGGCUUCCUUCUCCUGUUCUACGCCGCGCACAAGCGCCGCAACCUUCAAGUCGUGCAGGCCAACAAGCAGCUGAGCAACCUGCAGGAGCGCCUGCGCCGCGUUGACGAGGGUGUGCAAGCCGAGGCAGCCGCGGGCACGACGACAUUCGACUCCCUCGUGGCCCACGCGCAGCAUCUGCAGAAGGCGGUGGAAGCCGUGGACAGCGUGAUCUGCAACCGGGGCGAUGAGGCGAUGCAGGCUGCCGUGAAAGAGGUCCGCAGCCACGCGCUGUCGCUGCUGGAGAACGUGCUUCGCACCGCGUAUCCGCUGGCCAAGGACAACGGCGAGCAGCUGCAGGCGCUGCUGCGCUUCACCACGCACGCCGACCUCAAGGACCUCCGCGAGAUGAUUGACGCGCGAGAGGCGGUGCUGCUGGACAAGGCGGCUGUGUCAGACCUUCGCCAGCGGGCGGCGGCAACAACAGACCCGAGCAAGCGGCUGUCGCUGCUGAACCAGUCGCUCCGACGCGCAACACAGGCGCAGCUGUUGCAUGAGGCCGAUGACGUGAUUCGAGAGACAACCACACGCGAGAAGGACGUGUUCUUCAACGAAAUGCACCGGCUGCUGGGUCGCACGGACGGGGAGGGGCACCGUGCUCUCGGCAGUGGCAGUGGCGGUGUGGCACAUGGUGGUGGUCAGGGCAGUGGCGGUGGUGGUGUGGCACAUGGUGGUGGUCAGGGCAGUGGCGGUGGUGGCCACGUUCAUGGCGAUGCUGGUGGUAGUGAUGGUGACCAGCCAACGAUUGAGGAGAUUAGCGAUGAAGAAGACGAAGAAGACGUGGAAAGCAUUCACACACGUUCAGCCGACGGUGUUGCUUUUGACGGCACUGAAUCGACAACCACGACAACGACCCAUGCUGAGACGCACGCGGUUGCUGUGUCACACAAAUCACACACCACCAAUGCCAGCAGCAGCAGCAGCAGCGGUGGUGGCGGCGGUGGUGGAUAUGGCGGCGGCGUGCUUCGAGGCGACCAAUUGAUUGGCAUUGUGCAGACGAUGACACGCGAUGGAGCGUCGCAGCUUGAGGUGGAGCAGGUGGCUGCCCGUCUCAGGCAGCUCGCACAGCAGCAGGCAGACUUUGUUCUCGAGCUGUGGAAGAGCCACCAGGAGCAGCAGCGGCAUGCGGAAGACCUGAAGCAGCGAGCAGAGGAGCACCGCUCGCGGUACGAACAGGAGGAACGCAGAAUGCAGCGCAGACAGGAGGAGGUGCAGGCAAAGCUGGCAGCAAAGCUCAACAGGAUGCGGGCCGAGAUCAGGGCGACGCAUAAGCAAGAGGUGGAGGCGCAGCAAGCGCGCAUGCGCACGACACAUCACCAGCACGUGGUGCGCAUUGCGUACCUGCAGCUGGUGAUUGCCGUCGCCGUGUACAUCAUUUCAUCAUGGAACCACUGGUUCGCGCAGCAGCAGGCAAAUGCUUCCGCAUGCCCAGCGCACCCAUUACAUCAUGCUGGCACGACCUCGUACGUGCGCGCUGCAUACCGCAUGCUCGGCGAUCCUGACAUCCUCACGAACGUCAUUGCAGACGUCAUCAAACUCGUCAUCUGCAACACCAUCAUCACGUGCAAGGGCUACGCGAGUCUUGUGCUCGCACUUGCACUUCUCAUUGGCAACGCAGCGACGCUUGUGCUGUUUGGCACGAAGCUUGCGUCUGUCACGCUCAUGGCGACUGCUGCCGUCAUCACGCUGUUGUACGGUCUCGCCAUUGUGCAACACCUGAUUAUCCCGCUUGCAAUUGCGUUCGCCCUGGACACCGUCUGGUGGUUUGUUCACGAGUGGCUGCUGUCGCAGGGUGUGUCGCGUGCAUUGCACCACAUCGAUACAGAGGCCAUCACCGCCGUGUCCCGCGCAUUUGCGCACAUGGAGUGGCGCGUGCCUGGUUCUGCCACCAACUGGUACCACCUCAUCAACGACAUGCUUGUUCCUGGCGCCUCCAUCGCGGUCAUGUUGGCUGUGCUGCUGCUCCAGCCACGCAUUGCAUAG